UCAUUUUUUUUUCCUUCGUUAUCUUCUGUGUUUCGGGAAACUCAAAUCCCAUCUCGCCGUACCAAGGUGCCAACAAUCCGUUGAUUCUCAAAAAUGGCGGAGCACUUGGCGUCGAUAUUCGGAACGGAGAAGGACAGGGUGAACUGUCCUUUCUACUUCAAGAUAGGUGCGUGUAGGCAUGGCGACCGGUGCUCGCGUCUGCACACCAAACCCAGCAUAAGCCCCACUCUCUUGCUAUCCAACAUGUACCAGAGACCUGAUAUGAUCACCCCCGGCGUCGACGUCCAGGGCCAGUCCAUCGAUCCCCGUAAGAUCCAGGAUCACUUCGAGGACUUCUAUGAAGAUCUCUUUGAGGAACUGAGCAAGUAUGGUGAACUUGAGAGCCUGAAUGUCUGCGACAAUCUGGCUGACCACAUGGUUGGUAAUGUGUAUGUUCAGUUUCGGGAGGAAGAGCAUGCUGCAAAUGCACUUCAGAAUCUCACUGGGAGAUUUUAUGCAGGUCGUCCAAUUAUUGUCGACUUCUCCCCUGUCACAGACUUCCGAGAAGCCACCUGCAGGCAAUAUGAGGAGAAUACUUGCAACCGUGGUGGAUACUGCAACUUCAUGCAUUUAAAAAGGAUCAGCAGGGAAUUGAGGCGCCAAUUAUUUGGCCGAUACAGGAGAAGGCGUAGCCGCAGCAGAAGCCGAAGCCCCAACAGGCAUCGCAGCCAUGAAGAGCGUUCUCAUGGACGGCAUGGUCAUAGCAGAAGGUAUGAUGACAGGGAACACAAUCACCAGAGUUGGGGUGGCAGGCAUAGAAGCACCAGCCCUGGACAUCGAAGAGAGCGUAGCAGAAGCCCCGGAGGAAGGAGGAACCGCAGCCCGGUCAGGGAAGGCAGUGAGGAGAGACGUGCCAAAAUUGAGCAAUGGAACAGGGAACGGGAGCAGCAAGAAAUUACUGCCAAAGCUAAUACAGAUUCUGGUAACGAUAACCAUGAAAGUGGUUCCAAUGGGUAUAUGGAAUAUGGUAGUAAGCGAUAUGGAUAUCAGCAACAGCCACCGGAGCAAGGAGACUACGAAGACUGAUGUGUUUUGACAGUUUCUGGUGGUGUGCAGGUUCACAAUUCUGUCAUAUGGAAUGUGAAAAUUUUUUCAUCUUACCUUUUGCUUCUCUUCAGUUGUCUUUUCAAAUGUUGCAUGGUUGUGUGCUCGACUGCAUGAUGAUUUUGAAAACAUCUCGUCCGCCGAAAUUUUUCCUCCUUAAAUCGCUGAGCAGUAUCUUUUCUCAUACUUUUUUUCUUUGAAGUAUUCCUUCAUGAUAGUUGUCUUAAAGAGUAUUUUCUCUUUUUUCCUGGAGAAUCUAUCAUCAUUUUAUGGACUCAAAAGUUCUAUAACCUCAAUUCAAGCUUAUGGUAGCCAAUUUCUUUCGGAGGCUGAAUCUUUUGUGGCCUCCAUCAUAUCAGUUAGGAGAUAUACUACAGUUUCAUGAUGUAUUUAUGAGUUCCCAUAAGUGAAUUUCAGAAUCUUGGGUAUUCAUUUUUAUCACAAGUUACAAUAUCCAGGGGCAUCACAUCUGCAUGCUUUCAGGAUUCAGUCACACCACUAGCAAAUGGUCUUGCAACUAAUUGCAUGACUCUGUGUCAACUAAGAACCCAGCACUGAAGGGAAUAGUCUUUUCUCUUUUAUCAACUGCUUUAAAAAUGUGAAUAUUUUAUGUGUGUUGUAUUGUGUGCAUGAAAUGUGUUUUUGGUAUGUUGUUUAGUAUUUAUAUGCACAAAAUUACAGUCAGGGCUCUGUGGUCACUGCACAUUCAGGCUAGAGAACGAUCAACCAUGGUUCUGUAUUGGUUUAGUUUCUAUAAACCCUUUUUCCCUUUACUUUUUAUCCAUGAAAAUAGAUGGACUCUGUGAUCUUACACGCAUUACAAGUUUUGCAGGUUCAGGUAUCCCUGCUACUUAGGAUCACGCUGUUGUUUUAAUUGCAGCUUAUCAUGAAAUUUGUUUACAGGUUAAACUGGUGCGUAAGAGGUGAAUCAGUUUGCAGGGUCUUAACCAAUUCCUGAAAGAGAAAGUGAGAAAGCACUUGCAACUUAAUACCUGGCAAAUAUGAUGAGAAGAUCCUAGGUGAGGUUUUAUUUAGUUUUAUUAAUGCUCUAUGGUUUUGGUUUAUGAGUGGAUAUAGGUACAUUUUGGCUGCAGCAAACUUUUGUGCAACAGGCAUUAAUUUUUUCUCCUAGUGAACUUGAAUUGAACGGCUUGUAUUAUUAAGGUUUGAUGUAAGCUUUAGAUAUUGGCAACUUCAUUAUGUACUAAUUACAAAUUUUGAUCAACUGUUGGUUGUUCUC